AUGGAAGUAGAUUCAGAAAACCACACUAAACGUGAAAGACGCCAGGAAUUGAGAAAUGCUAACUUAGCAGCAUGGAGGCAAGGAAAGCCCGAUUCUUCGGCCUUUAAAAACUUAGAUUCUAAUAUAAAAAAGAAUACUGGCUUCAUCAAAAAAUGCAAAGCUCAAUUGUCAGCUGAAUAUCAACAACAAUUAUUGAAGGAUAUUAAGACCUUGACUUUAGAAAAAUAUAUAUCCGAAGUUGUAGUCGCUGUAAUCGAAGGUGUACAAAAAUGCAAGGCUUCAGCAGAUGCCUGGGCUGCUGUCGAAGUGAUUUCAGCACUGCAUCAACGUUUUCCAGACACAUUUACUCCAUUUCUAACACAUACAUUGGCACGAUCCCUUGCACCUCCUAAUAAGCAACCUGUAGUCCUCAAUACCGAGCAACGCGAAAAAGAGGAAAGUUCCCGAAUUUUAAAACAACGUGUUUUGCUCAGAAUUGCAGGUGAAUUAUGGUUAAUAGGUGUUCUUAGAAAUGUUGAAGAUGGUGUUGCUGCAUUGAAUAGUGGAGGUGCUGCUGUAGGAGAGGGUGGUGUAAAUGGUGUCAAAGAUAAUGUUGCUGGGUUCGUCAGUAGCCCGAUCAAAGAAAUGAAAGAACUCAAAGAGACAAAAACCUCCGAUAACAUCCGUGUUGAUCCAGGCGAUGUUGAACAAGUGUCUGUUUACUUAAAUAUGAAUAGUUCUCUCAUGACAACAAGCAUGAAUCUCCGUACUUCUACCACUGUUAAUGACGAGAACAAUGCUACUACUAGUGAUGAUCGCGACAUUGGCCUUGAUAACGAAAAUGAGUUAGCAGACUCGGAUAGCGACCCUAUUGUCAGCGCUUCCCAACGAAUGCUUUUUAAAAAUUUAUUAGUCGAAUAUUUCAAAGGUGUGGAAACUCGUUUAAUUAAGGAACACCAGAAAAUUAAAGCAUUGGAUCGUAAUAACCACGAAUCUUAUAUCACUCGUGGUGAAAUUCCUGAAGAGACAAAACAAAAUUACGAAAAAGCAGUAAAGGCUUUUGAAAAAUUUUUACAAAAUGCUCAAAUUUUGGCAGAUUCUUUAGAUGCAGAAAUGCCUGACUUGCCAGAAGAUGAGGGAACCACAAAGAUUGGGGGUUCCAUCAUUCGUGAUGGGACAUUACCUAAUGAAAAAGAGGAUAAUCUAACAAACAGCAUCUGGGAAGACGAAGAUGCACGAAGUUUUUAUGAAUCUCUCAUUGAUCUGAAAACACUUGUACCUGGUGUGCUUCUUGAAGAUAAUCAAUCUGAUGACACCAAAAAUAAAGCUACCCAAGAUACUGUAGUUGAGACGAUGGACAAGAUCGACGAAGACCAAGAAGCUAAAGGAGAAUUAGAUCGGGAAAAAACAAAUGGUCAAUCCGAUAUUGAAUCACAAACUAUCAAAAAGGAUAACGAGACAAGUAAUAAAAGUGGUGCUUCAGCUCAGCUCGACUCUCUUUUGUCUCGCCUUCCAAAUAUGGUUAAUCGUGACCUCAUCGAUCAAGCUGCUGUGGACUUUUGUUAUUUAAAUUCAAAAGCAUCCAGAAAGAAAUUAAUAAAAAUAUUGGUGGGAGUCCCUCGUACAAGGCUUGACCUAUUACCUUAUUAUUCUCGUUUGAUUGCCACAUUAAAUCCUCAUUACCCAGAUAUUGCUACAGCCGUUUUACAAGCUCUGGAAGGUGAAUUCAAAUCUUUGCAGAAAAAGAAAACUCUAGAUUUUUUAGAAACAAAAAUCAAGAAUAUUAGAUUUCUUUCCGAACUCACCAAAUUCCGGAUCACUCCCCAGCACAUAAUCUUUCAUUGUCUCAAAGUAGUUAUUGAUGAUUUUGCGAAUCAAAAUAUAGAUAUUGCAUGUAAUUUAUUGGAAACUUGUGGAAGGUUUUUAUUUAAAAGCCCUGAAACAAAUAUUCGGAUGGGGAAUAUGUUGGAUAUAAUGAUGCGAAAAAAGAGUGUUCAGCAUUUAGAUAAUCGUCAACUUCUGAUGGUGGAAAAUGCAUACUAUCAGUGCAAUCCACCUGAUAGAACAGCAACUGUCAAGAAAGAACGACCUGUGAUGGAACUGUAUAUUCGGAAGCUGAUUUAUUCUGAUCUCAAUAAAAAGACCGUUGAGAAAGUAUUGAAGUUAUUGCGUAAAUUGAAGUGGGAUGAUAAAGAGGUGUACAAAGUCCUCGAAAAAUGCUUCACUAAAAUUUGGAAAAUAAAAUAUAGCAAUAUACAUUUAAUGGCAAUUUUAGCCUCCGGAUUGCACCGUUACCAUUCAGAUUUUGGCGUCACAUUAGUUGAUAGGGUUGUUGAAGAUAUUAGAAUCGAGAUAGAGCAAAACAUCUUUAAACAUAAUCAACGUCGUAUUGCUACUGUGAAGUAUCUUGGUGAACUUUAUAAUUAUCGAAUGGUUGAUUCACCCGUAAUAUUUGAUACAUUAUAUACCAUUGUUACUUUGGGGCAUGAAUUUGGAAGACCUUCUCCUGCUCGAAUAAAUCCCCUGGAUGCACCAAAUGACUUUUUUCGCGUUCGUUUAUGUUGCACUUUACUUGACACUUGUGGCAUGUGCUUUGAUAGAGGUAGCUCAAAGAAAAGACUUGAUGAUUUCUUGGUGUUUUUCCAGAUGUACAUAUUGACAAAACAAAAGUUGUCUAUGGAUAUUGAAUUCAUGAUUGCUGAUUUGUUUGAGAUGUUAAGACCAAAUAUGAUUUUGUAUAAAACAUAUGAAGAAGCAGCUGAGGAAGUUGAUCAAAAAUUAUUACUUAAUCAAAAAGCAGCAGGAGGAGUUGCAAAGAGCCAGGAUGAGAGCUUAGAAGAAAGCGAGCUAUCAUCCUCUUCAUCAGAAGAUGAAGAUGGUCGUGAAUAUUUGGGAAGUGCAGUCGAAGGUGAAGGAUCCGAUGAAGAGCAAGCUGAUACUGAAGAAAUAGAAGGGGUUGAUGAUGACAAUGAGUUAGUUGUUCAUACUAAUCGACCAGAUAAGAUUUCAAUAGAAGAGGAUGAAGAAUUUGAGCGAGAGUUUAGUCGAAUGAUGACUGAAAGUAUGGAAUCACGCAAAUAUGAACGGAAGCCCGCUAUGUUAGAUGUUGCGAUUCCAAUGCAUCCAAAAAGUGUAGACAAAGCAGCAGACCAGAUAGAUGGUAGUGUGUCUUUUACUUUACUGGUUAAAAAAGGAAACAAACAGCAGACGAAAACCAUUGAAGUUCCGGCUGAAAGUGCAUUAGCUGUUAAUACACGCUCCAAACAAGAAGCUGAACGCGAAGAGCAGCAACAACUUAAGAAAUUGGUCUUAAAUUACGAGGAAAGAGAAGAACAAAAUCAACGAAUUGCUCUCGAACAGACUCUCAUGCGUAGCGGCAUGAGAGUUACUUAUCAGGCUAACAGUCGCCGAACUAAUCAACGGGGCAGAAAAUUGUUGCAACACCAAGGUGGAGGUGGAAGUG